UCGUCUGAGGAGCAGUCGGCUCUUGUGGGGCUUGUUUUUGCUGUCACAUUUAUGGAAACGGUACUCUAAAUUUUAUGUCAUUCACUUAUUUAUUGUUUUUUUUAAACAUUCAGCUUCAUGGCAGAGACCGCCGGCACCCAGCGCGCCUCAGAAAGAGACAGGCUGUCUUCCUCUUUCACUCACUAUGGCUCCACAGACAGCAGUGGUGAGCAUGAUCACCAUGAUAAUCAUCACGGCAACAACAGCCAUGGUAACCCUUGUCCCACGGCGAUGGCAGGUCACUGGGUAGCAGCUGACCAGGAAGAGGAAGCCCUUCGCAGGAAGUUGAAAUAUUUUUUCAUGAGCCCAUGUGACAAGUAUCACGCUAAAGGCCGCAAGCCCUUCAAGCUGGGCCUGCAGUUGCUCAAGAUCGUCAUUGUCACAGUGCAGUUAGUGAUGUUUGGCCUGAGUAACCAGGUCGUGGUGACCUUCAAGGAGGAGAACACCAUGACCUUCAAGCACCUCUUCCUCAAGGACUACGACGAGGCCUCAGACAACUCUUUUGCCGUUUACACGCAGAGCGACGUCUACGACCACAUCUUCUACGCUGUGGAACAGUAUCUGGCCCUACCAGAGACCACAGUGGGGCGCUAUGCAUAUGUCUAUGGUGUUGGGGUGAACGGCAGCGCCCUCUCCCUUUGUCAGCAGUACUAUAAGAAAGGACGCAUUGACCCAGCCAACGACACCUUCAACAUCGACCCUCGCAUUAUCACAGACUGCAUUGGCGUGAACCCUCUGUCUGUGCCUUCAGUUCCACUCAGCAGCAGCUACAAAAACUUUACGCUCAAGUUCCACAAACUCAUUAAUGUGACCAUAGAGUUCCAGCUGAAGGCGAUCAACAUUCAGACCAUCAUCAACCACGUGAUCCCUGACUGUUACACGUUUUACAUAACGAUAGUCCUGGACAACAAGGCUCACAGCGGCAAGGUGAAGAUCAGUUUAGACAACCAGGCGUCCAUAAAGCAGUGUAAAGACCACAGCGUUUCGGGACAGGCACAGAGCUACACCCACGUGGCGUUUGAUGUCAUUGUGGCUUUGGUGUGUAUGCUGUCGCUGGUGCUGUGUGGACGCUCCAUAAUGCGAGGAGUCAUGUUGCAGCAAGAGUUUGUACAGUUCUUUAAGGAGAGUCUGGAUCGUAAAGUGUCCUGGGCAGACCGCCUGGAGUUUAUUAACGGCUGGUUCAUCCUCCUUAUCAUCAGCGACAUCCUCACCAUCACUGGCAGCAUCAUCAAAAUUGGCAUUGAGUUUAAGCAGAAUAUGUCCUCCUAUGAUGUGUGUGGCAUCCUGCUGGGGACUUCCACUCUCCUGGUGUGGGUUGGAGUCAUUCGCUACCUCACAUUCUUCCAGAAGUACAAUAUCCUGAUCGUGACCCUUCGAGCAGCAUUCCCCAACGUGAUUCGUUUCUGCUGCUGUGUGGCGGUCAUCUACCUGGGCUACUGCUUCUGUGGCUGGAUCGUCCUGGGACCAUACCAUGUCAAGUUCCGCUCUCUGUCCAUGGUGUCGGAGUGCUUGUUCUCCCUCAUCAACGGUGACGACAUGUUCGUGACGUUCUCGGAGAUGCAGGAGAGCAGCUCUCUGGUGUGGGUGUUCAGCCAGGUUUACCUCUACUCCUUCAUCUCCCUCUUCAUCUACAUGGUGCUGUCGCUCUUCAUCGCCCUCAUCACAGGAGCCUACGAGACCAUCAAGCACCAAACUCAGGAGCCAAUCCACAUCACGGACCUGCACGCCUUCAUAGCGGAGUGUACGGACACGCCAUGCUCUGGGAAGUUCAGGGGGCUGGAGACGUCGCCCUGCUCCUUCUUCUGCUGCUGUGACAGAACAACAACGUACGAGGACGUCCUCCUGGUGAACUGAAGUUGACCUCAGUGACCCCGGGAGCCUCAGUAGCCGCCCUGCUGGCCACAGGGACUCACUACACACUCCUGAAUAUGUUUCUGUACAGCCAAAACUGGGUCAAACCCCAGGACUCCCCCAGUGGAUGAGAAAGUUGGACCAGCGCCCGCUGCACGAGGAAUGCAUAAUGGCAGACUGGACCAGAAUGAUAGAUGAUGUAUGAGUGCGCAGUAUGGGAGCCUGUAUAUAGCUGUCACUUUGGCUCUGUGUUCAGUGGUGCAUCACCAAUGUGUGCACUUACUGCACAUCUUCAGCCUCUCAUUUUUCCUGUUCUCUUGACUCCACAAAGAAGAAGAAGAAACUUGAGGCCUGAUGAUGAUCGGGACCGUUGCUCUUCCCGGAGAUGGCUGGCAUUAUGGAAGACUACUGGACAUGUUACAGUUCCGUUUAGACAGUCCUCGUAAUGUUUUUGUCACAUAAGACAAUGUAUUUUUUUAAAUGUGUUGAUGCAAAAUGCUAAAUCAGCACCAGGACAUGUUGUCGAAAUUCUAAAUGUGUGCAAAUCCUGUGAAGUUGAUUGGAAUAGUGCAUGCAUGGUCUUGAAUGUUUUUAUAUUUCUUUAAUAAUAUUUCAGAAGGAAAUACAGCUUACCUCAUAGAAGCCAGACCUCUCUAGCAGUAGUAGUUUUCAUUACACUCAGAGCACUUGCCCAUACAGACUUAUUCACCCCAUCCUUCAUCUUAUGCACAGUGCAUAACGAUGAAAUUAGAAAAAUGAAUUGAAGUCUCAAGAGAUACACAUUCAUUGUUAAGCAUUACAGCAAGGCACAAGAAUCACAAGUUGCACAGUAGAUUAAUGUUUUUGUAUUUUUUUUUUUUUUUUUUCUAAGUGGGACGAGAAAUUCACCUUCAUAUUGUUAUCUGUCUCUGUUCAGACAAACAGGGUGAAGCCUCGCAAAAGAGAAAGUGCCACAAAUGGGAAUCAAAUUCCAAGCCACGCAGUGGGGUUUCAAGUUUGGAUUUGACUUGAUUUGUUUGCUCAUCCGUGAGCUGCACUUACAGUAUCAUGUGUCAAACAGGUUCUUCAGCUGUCGGUCAGAUGCACAAGGAUCGUGUUUGUAAAGCUCACACAUAAUAUCGCUUUUUAUUUUUUAAUUUUUCUUUGGAUGUAGUUCUUUUUAUUGCCACACUUGGGUCCUUUAAGGUUGUGCAUUUAAAUGCGCAGGUUGAUUAUUCACUGUCACACAUGUUCUCUCCAAGAAAAUCUAACUACACCAAGAAGAAGCUGCUCUCCUGAUUCGUAACUUUCUUAAAUAAGGACACACUAAGUCAAGACACAAAGAGGACUUCAUCCAUUUCGUAGAAGUUGGAGUGGAUUUGAAAUGUUGCCUCUGCUCCGCUCCCAGACAGCAGUGAUGGCAAUCUACAAAUUGUACCUGACUGGUCUGAAGGAAGAAGAAAAAAACAGUCCAGGUGCCUCAGAAAAAUAGGGCAUGAUUUAUUGUAGAUAACAAGAGGAAAACGUAAUGAUUUGUACCUCUGUAAUAAUGCCCUGUCAUACUGACUCACAAUGCUUUAAACUGCUUCCCAUUUCUGUCUUCAUAAUGAUGUCUUGUUCAAAACUAACCCAGUGACUGGAACUGUAAUGGAAGCUUGAAUAACAGCUUAUAUUUCGAUUUCUUUGUAGCAUGAAACGCACAACAAGAAAAGGGUUCUUGCAACCCGGACCUGAGAAGGAUUUUUUAAAGCAUUAUUAUGUCUUUUGUAAAGGAGGGAUAGCCGUUUUAUUUAUUUAUCUUUAGCCUGGUCCAAUUAAGAUCCUUUCCUCCUUUCGCGGCCCACACAGUAAUGGGUUAAUGGACUAUGUGAUUGCUGUCAUCUUGCACCAUUUCCAGUAAGCCAGGAGUGCCAUGUUUUAGUUAAUGUCCCCAUAGACAUUCUAGAUACCAAAAUGGUGCCAAAUCAAUUCAUGGCCUUAAUGUUAUGCCAUUGCUGUAAGGCUUGUUUUACCUAGUAUUACAUAAAUGUUCCCUUCAUUCAGUUUGCAGGUGUAGGUGUUUUUGUGUAAUCUGCACUUGUACCGUACUUGAGUUAUGCUGACAGUAGAAACAGGAGUUGUUUUUCAGUCGCCUGCGUGAAACACUGCCAUUCCACUGAUUAAAAAGGUUAUUUCCCUGAA